AUGUACUCUUCGACACAGAAGUUGCAGUCAUUCGCGCGUAAUGGGCUCGAUUGGAUACAAAAGACAAGGGCAACUCUGCCGGAUCUUCUUGUAGAGGCUUCCGAGGUUAUGGAUCGAUACCUAGAGCUGUCUAUGAAACAAAUGUGUGAUUAUAUACCUCCGCCUCAGCAAAUUAUCGACGCCAUAUCGGGCGAAGACCGAGUUCAAACGCUCUGGCUACUCAGCCAGAAAGGCGUGGAGCGUUUGGAUGCGGGAGCGGGCGGCCGUACCGUGCUUUCGUGGGCAGCUCAACAGGGCUGGCAAGAAGUUGUCAAGGCGACCCUGGAAAUGGGCCACGAUGUUGAUGCACACGAUCGUUUGGGCCGAACCGCGCUGAGCUAUGCUGCCGAACAGGGGCACACCGACAUAAUAAAAAUAUUGCUGAGCCAUCAGGCCCUGCCAAUCUCAAAGGACCUGUCUGGGCGAACUCCUCUAUCACACGCCGCAUCUGGAGGCUCCGUCGCGGCAAUUGAGGUAUUGAUGAAGGAUCGCAGAGUGAGCAUCUAUACAAAAGACGAAGAUGGACGCAGUCCGCUUCACUUUGCCGCAGAAGAGGGUCAAAAUGAAACUAUAAAAUUUCUACUUCAAGGGGCGAAGACUGGUAUGGUAAAUGAAGCUGCACAGAGCGGCAUUACUCCAUUGUACUGUGCUCUAUCAAGCGAUCACGAAGAAACCGUGGAACUUCUCAUUAGGGAAGGUGCAAACUGGAACGUGAGAUUUGAUGGACAAGAGCCAUGGAGGUGGGCUCUGAUGCAUGGGCAUUGGGCCUGCGUUGAAUUUGCAUUGGAGAAUCUCAACCGAGAGCGAUUGGAUGGUCACAAGUUUGCGAUAUUGGUAGAGCUGAGACCGAGAGAUUACAGGAGCGAUGAAUCAGUUAUGGCAAACGGGGCAGGGGCAGUCGGGUCUCUAACAGAGAGGGGCGGUCUUUUUUUGAGAGUGUUUGAGUCCAAUGGCGAAAAUGAAGUCGCCAUCACAUUGAAGUCGGGGUCAAUGUUUCUAGACGACAGCCUUUUUGUUCGUUUGUCUACAAUUGACCGAGUGGAAGGGCAUCUGAAGAUCAAGACUCUGGGGAUUGGACCAAGGCAGCACAAGAUUUUCGAACUGUUGGCUCGUCACAUGGGAGAGAGCUUCUAUGUUACAGAAGAAAUGUUGAAAGUUGGCGCGAGGAAUUGCGAUUUCGAUGAAGAAACAAUGAAAUGGCUGCUCUGUUGGCGCGAUGGAGAAGCUGAACUCACGGAGCAAGUAGUAGAGUUUGCUAUUGGGAGGAAGAUGGGGGCACUGAGGUUGAUAGAACUGUUUGUGAAAAUAAGAGGAGAUGCCGUCCCGGUAUCUGACGCUGCGCUGAAGCUCGCAGCCGGCAGCGGCGACGAAGAAUUACUGGGGUUCGUGCAGGAUCGACUGAAGAGGGCCAUUCCAACGGAGGCAUGGCAGACACUGGCGCUCUACCAGGCGGUUGAAGAUAAUGAUGGCAAGACAGUACAGGAGCUUCUGGAGCAAGGAACAGACCCAAACUACAGAUUGCGCGGAGGAUCAAUGCUCCUCCACCACGCAGUCAAGGCCAGUUCGUUGGAGGUGGUGCGCGUCCUGACGCUGUGGCCGACUGUUGACGUUGAGGCAUGGGACGCGCGGGGCCACUCGGCGCUCUACUACGCUUCAUCUGGCAACAUUACCACAGGAGUCGCCAAGACUCUGCUGGAAGCUGGUGCAGAUACCUGCCGGCCCGUAGAAGAUGGACAGACGCCAAUGAGUAGGGCAAAGGCAUUCCGCAAACCGGGGGUUGUCGAACUGUUCGAACGGUACACUAAAAGCAAUGCAGAUGAGAUAUUACUAAGUCAAGGUUGUCCAGGUAACUAA